AUGGCUCCGCCACCUGCGGUGCCGGAAGCGGACCACCAGGACGACGACGACGGCAUCCCGGAAGGGACCGGGGUAGACCUGAGAGUGGCGGUACGUAGGCUCAAGGCCAGGAAUACCGCCCCAGGACCCGAUGGCUUGCCUGGCAAAGCCUGGGUCCUGGCCUCGGAGGCUCUCGGGCCCCGACUGGAGGGGCUCCUAAGCGCAUGCUUGGAGAGAGGCCAAUUCCCGCUUCGUUGGAAGACGGGGAAGCUGGUCCUCAUUCGGAAGCCGGGGCGCCCUGCGGACUCUCCGUCCGCAUACCGGCCCGUGGUGCUGCUCGACGAGGUGGGCAAGCUCUUUGAAAGAGUCAUUGCAAACCGCCUCGCCGAGCACCUUGCGGGGACGGGGCCGGAUCUUGCGGAACACCAGUUUGGUUUCCGCAAGAGGCGCUCUACGGUGGACGCCAUCAUGCGCGUGAGAGCCCUCACGACGGGGGAUGCAGUGGCCAGGGGGGGGGGUUGUUUUGGCGGUGUCUCUCGACAUCGCCAACGCCUUCAACUCCAUGCCCUGGAGCUGCAUUAG